GUUCACACUAGUCAAAUAAAUGUGUAGACUAAAUUUUAAUGAGGUAGUUUUAACUCUGGAGGCAGUUUUAAUGUUACAUUAAUUUUUUUUAUUAAUCCUCUUUACCUUCAAAUGAUACACAUUCUUACACAUUGUGUGUGGACGUAAACUGGAUUAAAAAAUAAAACCGUUUUAGACACAUUUAAACCCAAGUCUGAACAGAGUAAUAGAGUACGAAAUGUCUGAGGCGAAACGACAUAAAAUGGGAUUGUGUAUACGUAACUUUGUGUUUUUGUCAAGAGACAGACAAGCAGGUACCGUACCUAGAUCAUAUUAGUUUAUGAACGGAAACAUUAUGGAAAUUGACUUAGGUCCCUCUGACCUGCACACAAUGGAGAUUAUUAUCUUAUGUACGUUCAUUUCGUAGAAUGAACCAGGAAGCAGUUUUCACGAGAGAAAAAACUUGUUAAACUUUCAAAAUAAUAGAUCUACUUGAUGAGAUACUAUUUACGAUAAAUCGUUACUGUUAACACCUGUAUAUCAUUAUUCAAAUGUUAUUGAAGGAAUAUGUUGCAGUGAGUAUAACUGUUUUAACAUAAAUCAAGGGCCGGACAGGACGUGAAUGAACUCUGCUGUUUGAACAUGUAACCAAUCCAUGUCUUACAAGAUGGCUAGCGGAAAAACAGUUAACGAAGGAGAUUAUUUUAAAGAUGUAUUGAAUAGAUGUCGUCCGAGAUUUAUAACCGACCUUGACCCAACGGCGUUGCUAGAUGAACUUCUUGCAUCAGGUUUUAUUGAAUACGAGACUUACAGAGAUAUAACCGAGCGUCAACUAACCUCGAAAAAGAACAGAAAAAUUUUAGACCUUAUGCUUUCUAAAGACAUUAAAGGAUACAAACGUUUCAAGCAAUGCCUUAGGAAAUCAAAUCAAGAACAUCUUGUGGAACACCUAGAAAGAUUUGAGAAAGUGGUGAAACAAGAGAGGUCAGAACAAUCAAAUGUAAGACGAAUACAACAAAAAGAUAAAUUACCGAUACCUACAACCGAAAGCGACAGUAAAGAUGUCCAAGGAGUGCAGCAGACGGAUUUAACACAUGAUAAAUCAGGAAGUUCAAAGCAAAAUGAUAAUACUGGCAUAAACACAUUAGAGAGACAAUUAAAUACGGUAUCAUUGUCAGGCAAUGGAAAUAAUAGUCAACAGCCGAUGUUUUCUCGGUCAGUACAUGACUUAGCCAAAAAUUAUCCAUCAUCACAGAAGCCGAAAGAGUUACAUAGAGAAACAAGCGGUUUUAAUCAAAUAGACGCUGUCGGAAGGGAAGGCGAUUUACCUAACCCAGCAUUACAAAACAGACAUCCAGUUCAAGCUUCAGAGAGUCCGGAUAAAAGCCAGGAUAACGAAAAUAAUCAGAGUGACAGUCAAACAGUAACAGAAGUCACAAAACAAGGCCUAAAUAGAAACGUGACGCUUGUGCGGCCUUCACUAUAUCAGGACAACACUGAUGCUAUUAAACAGUUAGAGCAAAUAUUUUCACCACCUAAAGACAAACCUCGACGCAAAUGUACACACGAGGGGCGGCUCUUGACGCUUGAACCGAAUCAUAUGAAAACAAUAUUUCAGCUUUGCCGGAGUGGUAUUUCAGGCGGGUUUGGCGAAGUUCGUAUUUCGGAUUCUAAGGUGCCUGGUCUGAAUAUUAAAGUUGCAGUGAAGAAAAUUGAAGCUAGAUCGGAUAAGAUACACAAAUUGAGAUCUAUGACAAACGAAAAACUGGCUUCCCGUACGAUGCAUUUUGCAAUAGUCCCAAUAUUAGCAAACUGCACAGAAAUAAAUAAAGGCACAAAUACAUGCUAUUUCCUGUCACCAUAUUUGGAAAAAGGCGACCUCUUCGAGCUCAUCAAAAGCGAUACAGCCGCUAUGAAGGACAACAGACCAGUAGAGUUAAAUAAACAGAGAAGAACGAAGAUUAUGUAUCACGUCAGUUCUGCAAUAGAAUUCCUACAUAGGAAAAUAGCCAAUUUUAGGGGACCAAUAAUUCACCUUGAUGUUAAAUCUAAAAAUAUUGUGUUGGACCAGUUCUAUAAUGCUCGGCUGACAGACUUUGGUGUCUCAAGAGAAAUGGCAGAAAACGAAGAAUGUAUAAUAACAUCGAACACCAUAAUUCCUGCUACGGAUGGAUAUUUUCAAACAAAUACGACUGGUCAGCUGAGAAAAUACUUUGACUAUGUUAACGUUGGCAUUGUCAUCCGGGAACUUUUGUCUGGCUUGCCUCCAAUAUUUUCCGAAAAUAAGUAUUUGAAGGACAUAGCAAACAUGAAAGUAUUCAAAAGAAAAACAAUGAAGUGCUGGACCAAUGAAGAAGUAGAAACAUUGUUUGACCUGUCAAACAAAUGUAUCAAUGACAUAAGUAUAUCUGCCGACGAAAUUGUUACAAAAAUAGAGGCAAUUCUUAGGAAAGGAGGGACUGCGAAAUGGAAUAGAGCGGACGAAUCUUUGAAUUGUGAGAUGUGCAUUGUAAAUCCAGCUGUUGAAGAAAAGCUGCUUGCACACAAAAGCUGCCAAUGUUCAAUGAGAGUUUGUGUUUCUUGUAUGAGAAAUGAAUAUCUGAACCCCAUGUUGUGUCAUUCUUGCGGACAAGUUGCAUCAGUUAUUGAUAGUGCAAACUUGGGCGCUAUACUAAUAGCAGGGAUCGACAAGGGCAAUGCUGAGUUUUCAAAAGUGUGUUUGAAAGAUAUUGAAGAUAUUCGAGAUGUUUUCAUUUCGAAAUUCCCUCUGGUGAUUGGAAUGAGAAAAGAGAAUGUCAAAGUUUUAACAAUGUUGCAACCAUCGCCAACUGUAACUACCGGCCCUACGAUUCCGAAGAUUCAUGCAGCUUUAGAGGAACUCAAGAAUUCGCCUGUCCAUACACUUUUUAUCUAUUUUUCUGGGCAUUAUAUUGAAGAAAAUGGAUUUCUUGUGGGAUAUAAAAAUGAAUAUCUCAAAAAAGAGGAUUUAAAGCAAAUGAUUGAAUGUUUUUCUGAAAAAGAAGUGAGGAACAAGCCAGUUACUAGUUCAGUGCGGUUCAUUGUCGUAUUAGAUUGUUGUGCUGCGCCUGGGAUAGCAUCCGACAGUAUGAAUCUAAAUGUAAACACCAGUGUAGUGCAGCUUAAUGCUUGCAGGCCAAAUGAAGAAUCUUUCACAGUGCAAAACGGAAGUAUUUUCAAGAGGUUUUUUGUUCAAGGAUUGACCACGAAAGCUACAAAAGAACCCUGCUAUAUCCGACACAUUAAACGUGAAAGAAUUGAUGCGAAGGUCCAAAGUCUGCAGUGUGAAACCUGUCCUAUAAAAGGAGAUGAUUUUGUUACAGUUGAAAACCUUCAUAGCUACAUUCAGGGUCAUCUUCAAGAAUUUAGUCAAGUGAAUGGCUCAAAUAGCUGUACAGCGGUGAUCCAUGUGAAGAACAUGAAAGCGGAGGACGCCAUAUUAGGUUAUUUAUGUGACUCAGAGGUCAGCAUGCAAUUUUUGUUGAGAUAUGAAAAGGCAAGAAAAGACGAUUCGUGCAAGAUCCCACAUCAAUUUUACAGCGACAUGAGUCCAUUGAAGACGCUGCUGUUUGAUAAAUAUAUGGAGAAACUCAGCUCGGAGAAAAUACAGCCAAUUUUAAAGGCCGAGGAUUUUAAAGACAUUUGCUGCAUUGAAAUCGAACUCGGACCGAAAACUAAGCACAAACAAGAAAUUAAGAGCAUCGAACAGCUGAAUUCUGCGUGGAAUGCAAAAAGAGAAUUGGUCGUAUCUUUGCGAGAUAUUUCUAAGAUACAUCAUGGCAUGGUAGGGAGUUUCAUGAGUGUAGAAGAUGCCAGAAAUUAUCUCUUUAAGAGUUUUAUGCCUAUUGAUAAACCAAACCUGACAGUAGUUAUUUUAACUUAUGAAGAAUUAGAAAAAGUACUCGAGGACGGAAACUUCAGAAAGUAUGGUGAAUUCUUUGAAAAGCUCGAGACAUUGAGGGAAACCAUGGAGGAGCUGGAUAUUGAUAUGCCUGAAUUGCAUAUCAUAUUUCCCUGCACUGAAGAUGACAAUCGAAUGCAUCGACCAGAUUUCGUCUGCUUCGAGCUAGUUUCCGAUAGAUCAGAGGACAAACAACCUCAGAAAGAGCUAGACGACUAGUAACAGAACGAAAUAUAGUACAUUUUUGAAAUGACACGAACUAUUUGGACACAGGAAUAUGCCUUUAUAAAUGAACAGGAAUUCACUGUGCAUUUUGAUUGACCGUGAUGAAGCAGAAGAAGGAUUUAUCAAACGAAACGGAAUCUGUGAAAAAAGAGAAAUAACCAGUAUUUUAAGGUCUAUUUUACUUUCUGCAUAUUGGAUACAGUAUGUGAUAACAUUUUCGACACUGUUUAGUAAAUGCAGUAUUGUUUUAAUUCUUUGAUUCUAAACUAUCAGUUAGAUGUUUCACUCAUUCAGUCUUUUCAAAUAAUUACUUAUCUUUGCCCAUUAAAACAGUACAUAUUUUGUGGUUACAGACCGCCUGGCCAUUCUGCCGAAGUUUGUCCGCGCAGUCUGGUCAGGAUCAAUGCUGUUCGCUAAUGGUUUCUCUAAUUACAAUAGUCUUUGAAAGCGAACAGCAUGGAUCCUGAUCAGACUGCGCAGGCUGGUCUGGAUCCAUGCUGGUCGCAAAGCCACUAUGUUGGUUUUCUCAUGGUGCGGCUCAUAUUAUGUAUUUUCUGCAUGUAAUAUUUAUAAAUUUUCAUUUUUUUUUCUAAUAAUUGAUAUAACCUUUGCAAUCGUUUACAGGAGAUUUGUGUUUUAGAUUUCCUUUUAAUCAAUUUGUUGAAGAUACUCCUAUUACAUUGAAUUAUGUAAAUAAUGUAGUUGGAGUAACCAACUAGAAAUUUUAAAUUGAAACAUUUUAAAAGAUAUAAGUCUGAAAUUUAAAAAGUAAAAUAAAAUUAUAGCAUAUCGUGUACAAGGGAACAUACUAUAUUCAUGAGUUGUUUACAAGGAAAUUGUUUGAGAUGUAUAUGUAGGCAGGUGUAUUAUUAAUUCAAUAUUUGGAUUUUGCUGUUACUGCAAGAAAUGUUGCAAAGUCUGCAAAUAGAGCUUUAGGUAUGUUAAUUGCCAAAACUAAAGCAUUUGGAUUUAUACUGCAUUUUACAAAAAUGUACGAGGCCACGUUUGUACCAAUAAUGAUAUAUGCAUCUUAUGUAUGGGAUGUGAUACGUUUCCUUACAUCGCUGCAGUACUAAAUACAGCAGCUAGGUAUUUCUUAAAUAUUAUUAGGUUAUUUAACAUUGUUUUGUACAAUACGGAGAUAUAUUUGGACGAGUACCCAGUUGAGAAAACCAUAUUGUAUGAGCCGCUAGGCGAGUCCAAUAUGAUUUUCCCAGCUGGGUACGAGGCCAAAUAUAUCUCGUUUUGUACAGUUCAGUGUUAAAUAAGCUUUUUAUUCUAUAUCUAUUUCAUAUUAGUUUAAAUUAAAAAUGAUUCACUGAAUAUUGUAUUUCUGCCUUCCUCAUUUCAAGACGCAUAAUCUAACUCUGCACAUAUAGCGCCUACUUCACCCGUUUUACAUUCGGAAAUUUUUUACGCGUUUCGGAUUAUAUCGUAUGUUUAACAUGGGACUUUUUGAACCGUCCAAAUACGGAAAAAAUACAGUUUUUUUGUACGCACGUGCGUCCAGUAAGGAAUAUAUAUUGUACGGUCACGUGUUGCAAAUGAACGUUCACGAUUGGAUAGAUAAAAUAGAUAUACAAUAAGUGUAGAUACACUGCUAAUGCUGCAAUGUUUGGUGAUAUAUGUUAAACACUAGUAUUUUAUAAUAAUUGUUACAAUCAGUAACGUUGAAAACAUGACGUCAUAACAACGACGUCAAAACGUAUAAUAAUUGUUAGAAAUUUGUGCUAGCAAACUGGUGGAGACUUAGUACAUGUAGAUUUAAUCAGUUAUGGUUGAAUAAGAAAGUAUUUGUUUGGUCAAACAGAAUUUCAAAUAAUAGAUGUAAGACCUGGAAUUAUACAGUAUGUCAAAAGUGCAAGCAGUAUGGUUUGUGAUAUAUUGUUUAUAUUACAUCACCAUUUCAUAAAGUUGAUGUAUUAAGUAACAUGCUACCUAGAAUUCUUGAUGAUUAUGUACAAGACUGGGGUAGGGAUGUUGCAAGAAAUGGAACAGGAAGAAACAAGCUUAGAUUAUAUAAAACAUUUAAGCUAACUUUUGAUGCUGAACAGCAUAUACAGUUGUCAUGACUAGAUCAUGCAGAGGUACUUUGGCUAAGUUAAGAAUUGGCACAACUCCUAGGGGAGUAUUGAGCUCUGACGAUAUAAUGAUCUACGGGCGGAGGGACGAACUUGUUUUUACUGUAAAAAAAUCUGUAAAACAUGUUUAUUACAGAGUCCAUUACGUAGGUCGAAAGGAAUUCAAAUUGGAAUAAAAAUUCACAAACCCACUUUACUCCAUUACACUCCGCUUCUUUAGACAUUUCGGUUCAAUCCACUUCACUCAUUCGAUGUGUCACUCAGUAACUCUCUCCAUUCUUCUACACUCAACUGGACAUCCCGGUCACAGUUAAAGGUCAUUCAAUAAAUUUCUCAUUACUUCCACCACGUCAUCCUAUGCCUGGUUGUAUCUGUGAAUAAAGAAUUUAAGCAUGGUACAGUUAAAGGCUGAAGCUAAGCAUAUAAGAUAAGAAUUAAAUAAUUGCUCACAAGUGUACGUUUUUUUUCCGGGGAAUUGGAGGGCGGUAGGAAGGUGCACUUAAAACUGCCCUUCUCAAUCCGUUUGUCCUGUCAGUCCGAAUCUGUGUUGUGCAUAUCUCAAAAAGUAUUUGACCAAGUGUCAUCAAACCUUAAAGAGUUGUUAUUUACAUGUGAAGUACAUCUGAUGUUUUAAUAUGGAUUUCAGUCACACAGCCAGACAAGAGUUACGGUCCUUGAUUUAGUCAAUAUUAUGCAUACUAGGGCAUACAAGUUUAUAUCACAUAAUUCACGAAACAACGGACAUUGACAGAAAGUAGGGGCACAAGUGUCCUAUGGACACAUACCUAGUUCAGAUUUUUAACGUUGCUUCAUCUUGAUUUAUAAUGUCAGUUUUCGCUACAGUUGUGUUUAGUCUUUUAACUUGGUAUAUGAUUUAUAUUUAUCAUGUUAAGCUGUUCUUUGAUGAAUGUAUACCACUACAUUUAAUACGUUUUAUUUGAUUCCAAGGGCUGAACGCAUUGUGUAAUAUUAGGCUAUUUCUAAGUAUUAUGCAUUAGUAAAAUUUGGAAGUUGAUUUUAUUUUGAAUUAUAUAAAAUCAAUUUAAAGUUUUAAUUCUGUAACAGAUAUAAGAACAUCUAGUUUCUUAUAUUUCUUCUCAGAAAGGUUUGCGUGAUUAUUGUUUGUUUGUUUGUUUUGGAUUUAACGCCGUUUUUCAACAGUAUUUCAGUCAGGUAACGGCGGGUAGUAAACGUAACCAGUGUACCAGUACAAACCUGUUCUCCACAAGUAACUGCCAACUUCCCAACAUGAAUCAGAGUCGGAGGACGAAUGAUUUGGGACGCAAUAUCUUUAUCAAAUCGUCAUGGAGAACAUACGGCCCGCCCGGGGAUUGAACUUGCGCGACCCUAUUGAGCUAAACGGGCGGGUGCGUGAUUAUUGUAUGUAUAUAUGUUACUGUUUUUAUGUUUGUAUUCAUGCAGAGUGAGACUAUAAUAAACAUAUCUUAUUUUA